UGUGGGUUCUAUGGGAUGUAUGAGAAGAUCCUGCUGUUCCGUCAUGACCCGGCGUCAGAGAACGUCCUGCAGCUGCUGCGCUCCGCCUCUCAGAUCCAGGAGGGAGAUCUGGUGGAGGCCGUGCUGUCAGCGUCGGCCACAGUGGAGGACUUCCAGAUCCGUCCCCACUCUCUGUUCGUCCACUCGUACCGAGCGCCGGCGUUCUGCGACCACUGUGGAGAGAUGCUGUGGGGGCUCGUCCGGCAGGGCCUCAAAUGUGAAGGCUGCGGUCUGAACUACCACAAGCGCUGUGCCUUUAAGAUCCCAAACAACUGCAGCGGGGUGAGGAGGCGGCGCCUGUCCAACGUCUCUCUGACGGGGGGGCUGGUCAACAUCGCCGUCGGGACCCGGCCCGCCUCCGCCGAGCCCUCGCCCCCCCACUACUCUGACGACGCCUUACUGUCUCCAGUCAGUCCCAGUAUGGAGAAGAACCAGUCAGAUUACUUCCCGGGCCGAGAGCGCCGCUCCAGCUCGCAGUCGUACAUCGGCCGUCCCAUCGAGCUGGACAAGAUCCUGCUGUCCAAGGUCAAGGUUCCCCACACGUUCCUGAUCCACUCGUACACGCGGCCCACCGUGUGCCAGCACUGCAAGAAGCUGCUCAAGGGCCUGUUCAGGCAGGGGCUGCAGUGCAAAGAUUGUAAAUUUAAUUGUCAUAAGCGAUGUGCCCCCAAAGUGCCAAACAACUGCCUGGGAGAAGCUUCUAUAAACGGAGAGCUUCUGAGUCCGGGGGCGGAGUCAGACGUCGUCAUGGCAGAGGGUUGCCUUGACGACCAUGACAUUGACCGUGGCGGCCUAUUGGAUGACAUGGAGGAGGCGAUGACAUCAGACGCAGGCCUGCUGCUGGAGGCGGGGCCUGGCGACCUCUGCGACCUCCACGACCCCGACAUGGACGAAUCCAACCGGGCCAUCAGCCCGUCCACCAGUAACAACAUCCCUCUGAUGCGAGUCGUCCAGUCGGUCAAACACACCAAGAGGAAGAGCAGCAGCGUGGUGAAGGAGGGCUGGCUGGUGCACUACUCCAGCAAGGACACACUGAGGAAGAGGCAUUACUGGCGGCUGGACAGUAAAUGCAUCACGCUGUUUCAGAACGACACAGGAAGUAAAUACUACAAGGAGAUCCCUCUGUCUGAGAUCUUGUCGUUGGAGCCGGCUCAGGUCUUCUCGCUGCUGCCCGACGGCUCCAACCCGCACUGCUUCGAGAUCGCCACCACCUCGCUGGUGUACUACGUCGGCGAGAAUCUGCUGAGGAGCGACGCGGCGGCGAUGGGCAGCGGCAUCCUGGUGAGCGGCGUCGGGCAGGACGUGGCCCGGAUGUGGGAGAUGGCCAUCCAGCACGCUCUGAUGCCGGGGGUUUCCCACGGCUUGCACCACAGCGGCCACAAAGAGGUUUCCAUCAGCAUUUCUGUCUCCAACUGCCAGAUCCAGGAGAACGUGGACAUCAGCUCGGUGUAUCAGAUCUUCCCAGACGAGGUGCUCGGCUCCGGACAGUUUGGAAUCGUCUACGGAGGGAAGCACAGGAAGUCCGGCCGAGAUGUCGCCAUCAAGAUCAUCGACAAACUCCGCUUCCCCACCAAGCAGGAGAGCCAGCUGCGCAACGAGGUGGCCAUCCUGCAGAACCUGCACCACCCGGGCGUCGUCAACCUCGACUGCAUGUUCGAGACGCCGGAGCGAGUGUUCGUCGUCAUGGAGAAGCUCCACGGCGACAUGCUGGAGAUGAUCCUGUCCAGCGAGAAGGGCCGACUGCCCGAGAGGAUCACCAAGUUCCUCGUCACGCAGAUCCUGGUGGCUUUGCGUCAUCUCCACUUCAAGAACAUCGUGCACUGCGAUCUGAAGCCUGAGAACGUUCUGCUGGCGUCUGCAGACUCCUUCCCACAGGUGAAGCUGUGUGACUUCGGAUUUGCCCGGAUCAUCGGAGAGAAGUCGUUCCGGCGCUCGGUGGUCGGCACGCCGGCCUACCUGGCGCCCGAGGUGCUGAGGAACAAAGGCUACAACCGAUCCCUGGACAUGUGGUCGGUCGGCGUCAUCAUCUACGUCAGCCUCAGUGGAACUUUCCCGUUUAACGAAGAUGAAGACAUUAACGACCAGAUCCAGAACGCCGCCUUCAUGUACCCCCCGCACCCUUGGAAGAAGGUUUCCCAGGAAGCCAUCGACCUGAUUAACAACCUGCUGCAAGUCAAGAUGAGGAAGAGAUACAGCGUUGACAAAACUCUCAGCCACCCCUGGUUACAGGACUACCAGAUGUGGCUGGACCUGCGGAGUCUGGAGAGCCGGAUGAACGAGCGCUACAUCACCCACGAGAGCGACGACCUGCGCUGGCACCACCACGCCCAGAUGAGCGGCCUCGACUACCCGGCGCACCUCGGCAACGGUCCCCACGGCGACGUGGGCCAAGGGGCGGAGCAUUACCACGAAGAGGAGGAGGAGCUUGAGACCCUGAGCGAGAGGGUCAGUGAACUGUGA